AUGGCGAUCCUCUGCCUGCACGGCUCCUUUGGCAGCGCAAAGAACUUCCAGACCCAGCUUCAGCCGUUCGUCGCCGCCGCCUCGGCCUCGGCCUCGUCCCCGACCCAGACCCAGUUCCGCUGGAUCGACGGCGGCCACGAGGCCACGCCGCCCCCCGGGUUCGACACGUACUUUGGCCCCGGCCCGCUGUACCGCUUCACCGCGUACGACGGCCUCCGCGAGCACGACAAGCUCGUGUCCAAGCUGCGCGAGUUCCCGGACGGCAUCAGCCCCGAGGACACCAUGCGGCGCCUGGUGGCCGACCUGGAGGGCGGGGCCCAGCAGUCGGUGCAGGCGUGCCUCGACCGCCUGAUCGAGACGCUCGACGCGGACCCGGACAUUACGGGCGUUCUCGGAUACUCGGAAGGGGCGACCAUCGCCGCCAGCCUGGUCCUGGAGGAGAAGCGGCGGUUCGACGAGGCCGGGCGCCGUCGGCACCUCAAGAGCGCCGUCUUCUUUGCCGGCUGGCCGCCGGUGCGGAUUCAGGACGGCCUGGUGCGCUACCUGCUCGCCGACGAGUGCCAAGACGUCAUCGACGUGCCCAGCUGCCACGUGGUGGGCUGCAACGACCCGUACAUUGACGGCGCCAUGGCCCUGUUCGGCAUGUGCGACCGGGACACGGCCGUGCUGUUUGACCACGGCAAAGGCCACACGAUUCCCCGCGAUGCGAGGACGCUGCAGGAGCUGGUGGCUGCCGUGGAGAAGGUGUGGGCGGCGUAG